UGUAAAUAAAAAACAACUUAGUAAAUCUAGGUAUUAUUGAUAAAAUAUUAUGAAUUUGUAAAUUUUUUGUACAAACUAAGUUACCUUCAAUGGCUGGCCGGGAUGACUACGGACUUCGGGAGCCAUAAUUUGGUGGAUUGCUUACAACUAAUCAAGAACUGUAUAGCGGUAAGUAACACAAAUUCUGACCAUAUAUAUCAAUGACAUGAUCCUGUGGUCAUGGAAUGGAAGGGGGAGGGAAAAUCCAGCCACUUCCUCUGUUACCCAAAUUAAGCUACAAAAAAUGGUACAGUACAUUGAACAAGAUGGCCACGAAAAAGCAGAAGAAAUUGAUGUGUUAACAGAAGAGGAGUUCAACAAAGAAAAGUUAUCAUAUAUGGAAGCUAGGACUGAAGCAGUCAAGAAAUAUUAUGAUAAUCUUGAGAAGAAAUACGAGCACCAGAUUUUGUUGGACAUGUCAAAAAUGAAAACUCAAGGACAUCGAGAUAUUCUGGCAACUCGUCACACGGUUAUAGAUGAGUUGUUUAAUACAGUUCAGUGUCGAAUUACUAACCUGACUCUUGAGGAAAAUGUGUGCUUAUACAAAAAGGUUUUGUGCAAACUAAUAAUACAAGGGCUUCUAAAAAUAAUGGAGCCAGAGGUUGUUAUCGAAGUUAGGCAAAAAGAUAUUACUAUCUCAAAGAAGUUAUUAAAACAAGUUCAAGACUAUUUCCAUGGAAAAACCGGAAUGACAAUAAAUUUACUAUUGAGUGAAAAUAGUUUUCUUCCUGAAAACAGCAAUGGCGGAGUUGUUUUGUACACAAAAUCUAAAAGUAUCAGACUCGAUAACACAUUAGAAACAAAACUAACUCUAGUGCGCAACAUAAUACUGCCUAGUGUUCGAAAGGCAUUAUUUGGAGAAAAUCCAAACAGAAAACAUUUAGACUAGCAUUUAACUAUUUUAUUAUCGUAGCAGUUAAAAAGACAUGGGUAAACAUUAAUAAAUCAUUAGUUGUUACAAUAUAGAUAAUACGGUGCACAAAUUUAAUCUUACUUUUAUCUUUUGUUGAAUUUGGUAGAAUAUGCUUCUACUUUUCUUCGGUCAUGAAAUAAUAAAAGUAUUCAAAAAACUAUGUGUAAUUGGCACAUUUUGCUUUAAAACAAUAUAACUUUAUUAUAUUGCA